CCAUUCUCACUCUUUCUUUCGGUCUUUUACGGGACUGGACACACAUUCGUUUUCUUAACGAGGGGAAGCAACCAAGGGACAAACAGCAGAGAGGAAAAAUGCUUUUUUACAUAUUCACCUACCGUAAUUUUAGGGGAUCUUUUGGAUGUUAAUUUUUGAUGUUUCCACAACUGUCUCGCUCUCAAAAACAUUUCUAGAGAGAGAGAGAUAGAGAGAUAGAGAGAAGGGAAACAGACAAAUAAAAAGUGUCAUCAUUUUGAUCACUGUCUGCAAAAUCAUUCUAAAAAGUAAUUUUAUUUGGUCAAAGAAACAUCGGAUACUAUUUGGAUAUUUUAAAAAAAUCUAAUCUUGUUUCUUUUUACGUGUACCUGGAUAACUUUACAUGACAAUAGCUUCCUAUAGGCAUGUUUCUGCUAUCACAGAGGUGGAAAUUGUUCAACUAUAAGAUUGAUACCGUUCACUGAGAAAUUGGAUUUAAUUUUAAAUCUGGUCAGACACAAUUCCAAAGAGAAAAACUACUGGACAGUGCUGGACAUGAACUGAUAUGAGGGGAUCAUCCCCAAGCUCGGAACCAGAAACAUAGACCCCAUAAUAGAACAAACUGACAGACUGACGGACAACACGGCAUAACCGUGGAAACGGGCAGACUGCCGCCCAAGGACACUCACUGACGCACGAAGACGGACAGACAGUCUGAUGCCAACUGUCUCCGCUGUCAAUCUCACGGCACAACUCCUCCUGCUGUUGCUAUGGGCAACCCACCCGACCAUGGCAACCAACUGGCUCUCCCUGGCGAGAAUGCCGCGCUCGCGGCCCGUGUCGGGUGCUGCCCCCUGUGGGCGGCUGAGGGGACUGUCCGUGGGGCAGGUGGGGGUGUGCAGGGCGCGGGGGGAGGUCAUGGAGUCCGUGCGCAAGGCAGCCGAGAUGGUCAUAGAGGAGUGCCAGCACCAGUUUCGUAAUCGCCGUUGGAACUGCUCCACCACCCCGCGUGGAGUCAACGUGUUCGGUAGAGUUAUGAGCCAAGGCACGCGUGAGGCGGCCUUUGUGCAUGCCCUGUCCUCAGCGGCGGUGGCGGUUGCAGUGACGCGAGGCUGCAGCCGAGGAGAGCUAGAGCGGUGUGGCUGCGACAGGAAGGUCAGAGGGGUCAGUCCCGAGGGUUUCCAGUGGUCUGGGUGCAGUGAUAACCUAUCCUAUGGAGUGGCCUUCUCCCAGACCUUUGUAGAUGAGACGGAGCGUGCCAAGGGGAUGUCAGCAGGGCGACCACUCAUGAAUGUCCAUAACAACGAGGCUGGACGGAAGGCCAUCCUCCAUAACAUGCAGGUAGAGUGUAAGUGUCAUGGCGUCUCGGGAUCCUGUGAGCUGAGGACCUGCUGGAAAGUCAUGCCUCCAUUUCGGCGCGUCGGCGCUGUGCUGAAGGAACGCUUUGAUGGAGCCACAGAGGUGCGUCUGUCCCGUAUCGGCUCCAGGACAGCCCUGCUGCCCCGGGACCCCCAGGUCAAACCCCCCGCCGCCAGGGACCUGGUGUACCUCGCUGCCUCGCCAGACUUCUGUCGUCUCGACCCCGACAAUGGGAUCCCCGGGACCGCCGGCCGACGCUGUAACGGCACCUCCCGGCUGGCCCCAGAUGGCUGCGAGCUGGUGUGUUGUGGGCCAGGGUACCGGGCGGGCCGGGCUGAGGUGGUGCAGCGCUGCUCCUGUAAGUUCUCAUGGUGCUGCUCGGUCCGCUGCCAGCAGUGCAAGAACACAGUGAUGAUCCACACCUGCCGAGUGUGAACCCAGUCUAUGCAGAACCCAGAGCAGACACGCAAGAACCUUACACCUGUCCAGACACUCCAGGACACAGCCCAGACACUCUAGAACACUACAACAACUAGACACUCUAGAACACUACAAAGACACAACACUGUCCAGACAUUCUAGACUACUAAACAGACACUCUAGAACACAACACUGUCCUUUCCAGACAUUCUAGAAUAUUACCCAGACACUCUAGAACACAACACUACUCAGACAUUCUGGAACACUACAACGACCAGACCAGUGGAGGCUGCUGAGGGGAGGACGGCUCAUAAUAAUGGCUGGAACGGAGUAAAUGGAGGCCAUGUGUUU